GCCGAAAUUUCGGUAGAAUUAGGAUAAAUCUUACUAAAAAAAUAUUAAUAUUUACAUCACCCAAAGAACUAAUUAGCUAUAACAUAGUAAUAAGAUGUUAGGUCACUAAAAAAUAAUCUAACCCUUUGUUAUGUUAGCUUACUAAUCUAGUGAAAAUGGUGACCUUAAUUUUAAAAUUUCUUUCAAAAUUGGAAUCAAACAUGCCCAAAAAUUCAUCUUUGCCAUAACUAAUAAAAAAAAUAAAAAUAAAUCCCAAUAUCAUUUCAAUCAUCUUCUUUUUGGGUAUAAUUGAUGAGCAUUGUAAUGAUUAGCUACAUGGUCCACAACAUGUUUAACACUUUACUAAAAUCACAAUCCUUAAGCUAAAAGUCAUUCAUCAUUACACAUAAUAAUAGUAAUAAAAAAAAAAGUUACUUAAUUAUGGAAGAAGAAUACAAAUGCAAUAACAGAUAAAAAUAAUAAAAGUAAAUUAAAGCAAAAAACACAUUUCUUAUGCUUAAAUCAUUGACAUAUAGCUUACUUUAUAUUGUGGUUGUGAAUGCUCCUAAAUCAUUAACAUAUUGUUUAUGCUUUUAAUAUUUCAUAUACACUACUUGUUAUAUAUAUAGCUAACUUUGAAGUUUGUUUGUUAAUGGUGUAGACAUGGCGAACUCGGAAUCAGGAUCUGAUUCGGGAGCAGAAAAUGAGUGUCCAACCACAAUACCUACACGAGGGUCGACGCAAAUGAAUGAAAUAUCCAAACUAAUGGAUCAGGGCAAAAGAGUGGCCCUCGAAGUUAAUGAUAAAGGUCAAUACUGUGGAAAAAGCUACGCGAAGCUCGUAUCCACUCUGGGAGUCAGAUGUCGGCAGACAAUAGGGUUGGCUUAUAAAAAUUGGAAAGAAGUCAACCAGACUCUGAAAAAUCAAGUUUGGAAAGACAUUCAGGUAAGCUAUUAUUUGUUAGAAUUUUGAUUUGUUUUUCUAUUACUCCAAAUGUUGACUCUAACCGUGUUUGUUUUCCUUCAAAAUAGACGGGGUUCAUUGUGCUGGACACCUUCAAACAUGAUUGUCUCAUCCUAGCUGGGAAGUUAAUGAAAGACUUCAAGAAUAGGAUGACAAAAGACAUCAUAAUGCCCGCGUUGAAAGAGAAUGAUCUGGGACGACUGGCACAAGUCCCUGAAAAGCACCCGGAGAUCGACGCUGCUGAUUGGUGCAAAUUUGUUGAAAGUAGACUAACUCCUGAAUUUCUGGAAUUGAGUAAGGUGCAACGUGAACGUUCCUCAAAAAUUCAAUCCAGACAUCGAAGUGGUCGGAGUGGGAUGGUGAACGUACGGGAAGCUGUGAAAAAGGACCUCGAAGUUGCAGAUCCUCCCCGCCACCGUGUUUGGAUUAAAUCUCGCACCAAGAGUAGAAAACUUGUCACUGAUUACGACAAGGAAAUUGCCGAGAAGAUAGCUCAAUUAGAGGAGAAGCUUAGUCAGGGACAAAUCUCUGUCCAAAAUAAAAACGAUAUCCUCACGCGGGCGCUCGGGACACCGCAGCAUCCCGGACGUGUCGUGGCCGCCGGGUAUGCUAUUACUUCAAAUGUUCCCGACUGGGGCAUCUCAACCGUUCGGCGGGAAGAAAAGGGAAGUGUCUGA